CAACUGGAAGUCCCUAGGAUUCAGCUAGAAGAAUAUUCUAACAGUGGUGCUCAUUACUUUGUGAAGUUCAAGAAAAAUCCCAAAGGAAAUCCUCUGAAUCAGUUUUUAGAAAAUGACAUAUUGUCAGCCUCCAAGAUGCUUUUAAAGUUUAGGAAAAUCAUUAAGGAAGAAAUUAAAAACAUCGAAGAUGCAGAUGUCAGUAUGAUGAAGAAAAAGAAAGGCAGUCCUGCUGUAACGCUUCUUAUUAGGAAACCUGAAGAAAUAUCUGUGGAUAUAAUCCUGGCUUUGGAAUCAAGAAGUAGCUGGCCUGCCCGCACCUGGGAUGGCCUGCCCAUCCAGAACUGGCUUGGUACAAAAGUCAGGAACAAACUAAGACGACAGCCAUUUUACCUUGUACCCAAGCAUGCAAAAGAAGGAAAUAGUUUUCAAGAAGGGACGUGGAGGCUAUCGUUCUCUCACAUUGAAAAGAACCUUUUGAACAAUCAUGGAAAAUCUAAAACAUGUUGUGAAACUAAUGGAGUGAAAUGUUGCAGGAAAGACUGCUUAAAAUUGAUGAAAUUCCUUUUGGAACGGCUGAAAAAAAAGUUUGAAAACCGUAAAGAACUGAAUAAAUUCUGUUCUUACCAUGUGAAAACGGCCUUUUUUCACUUAUGCACCCGGGACCCACUGGACUCGCAGUGGGACUUAAAGGGCCUACCGCUGCACUUUGAUAGCUGUGUGACAUUCUUUCUUGAGUGCCUCAGAACUGAAAAACUGAGCCAUUAUUUUAUUCCUGAUGUUAAUUUGUUUUCUCGAGACAAUAUUGACAAAAUAAGUAAAGAAUUUCUGCUAAGGCAAAUUGAAUAUGAAAGAAACAAUCAGUUUCCAGUUUUUGAUGAAUUUUGA